CGUGACGUCAUCGGUCAGCUGACACGUUUGUUUUGCUUGCCAGGAGGUCGUCAUGAUAAAAACACUGAGGCAGGAAAGCAGUACAUCACAGCGCAUCGUGUAAGGUGAAGGCUCCUCGCCGCCAUUACAACACAGCUCGACGUCGUUGGUCCACGACCGUCUCGUCAACUGCUGCCCUUUUUCUUUGCCCACACCGCCAUUACCUCCGUUGUCGACUGGGCGACGACUUUGACGCAGUAUGCCUUCAGAGAAGUCCUUCAAACAAAGGAGAACAUUCGAUCAGAGAGUAGAAGAUGUCCGGCUGAUCCGGGAGCAGCACCCUAACAAGAUACCCGUGAUCAUUGAACGCUAUAAAGGAGAGAAACAACUUCCUAUCCUGGACAAGACCAAGUUCUUAGUGCCAGAUCACGUCAACAUGAGCGAACUGAUCAAGAUCAUCAGGAGGCGCCUCCAGCUCAAUUCCAACCAGGCGUUCUUCCUGCUGGUCAACGGCCACAGCAUGGUGUCCGUGUCGUCCGCCAUAUUGGAGGUUUACGAGCGAGAGCGGGACCAAGAUGGCUUCCUCUACAUGGUGUAUGCCUCCCAGGAGACCUUUGGUGCCGCUUCUUCCCUCCAGUGAUCAAACUUCCUUUUCCUCGUCCUUCUUCCCGGCCAGCAAUUGGACAAUUUUAGUUUUUAGCUCCUCUAGGUGUUCUUUCCCUCGUAAUAACCUCGUUUUGUCGCCACCGACUAAGGUCAUGUCCACACCAACACGGAUACUUAAUAAACACACACUUAUCUGUGUUUAGGCCUCUUCUCCACACCACAUGCAUACUUUUGGUUUUCCAAACGCUGGACAAAGUGUAGAGCAGGGGUCGGCAACCCGCGGCUCCUUGGCCACUCUGAUGUGACUCAGCUGCAUAAUCGCCGACCCCCUGAUUUUUACGGAGGGAUUCCGGAUUUCGGUGCCUCUCCCGGACAUCACUCGGGGUCAACAUUCUCCGAUUUUCACUCGGACUACAAUAUUGAGGGCGUGCCGUGAUGGAUUUACUUUUAACGUCCUCUACAACAUGCCAUCGCGCCCGCCUUUACGCCAUGCUAUGCUAUGCUAUGCUAUGCUAUACUAGCCGCGUGCCGACCGGAAGCAUGCAUUUCGCUGCUUCUAUCGUCACACGUACGAGAUUGCAAGGCACACUGGGUGAUACAGGUUACACUGAAGGUUGUUAUAUAAACAACUUUAACAUAGCUCGGUUGGUAGAGUGACCGUGUCAGCAACUUGAGGGUUGCAGAUUCGAUUCCCGCUUCCGCCAAUCUAGUCACUGCCGUUGUGUCCUUGGGUAAGACACUUUACCCACCUGCCCCCAGUGCCAACCACACUGGUUUAAAUGUAACUUAGAUAUUGGGUGUCACUAUGUAAAGCGCUUUGAGUCACUUGAGAAAAGCGCUAUAUAAAUAUAAUUCACUUCACUUCAUCUUACUAAUAUGCGCCACACUGUGAACCCAAACCAAACAAGAACGACAAACACAUUUCGGGAGAACAUCCCGAACAACGCAACAUAACAAUAUAACAAUGUAAUAUAACAACAUAACAAUUACCCAGAAUCCCGUGCAUCCAUGACGGGGUUUGGUGCUAGCGGGGGUGUAUAAUAUAGUCUGGAAGAGUCAUGGAUGCACAGGAUUCUGGGUAAAUGUUAUGUUGCGUUUAUAAUGUGUUACUGUAAGGAACUAUCUCUCCCUUAGAGAUAGGGGGAGAAGCUCUGCCAUCCAGGAGGAACUCAAAGUAAAGCAGCGGCUUUACUACAAUGUAAUCAUAAUAUAUAGUAAAAAUGCAAGUAACCAUUUAAAAGGAUAUACACAAUUAUUUGUCAUUACUGUAGAAUUGUUUGCCAUUGUAAUGUAAUUGGAUAACUUUGUUAUCUUAAAUUAAAAACAAACACGAAAAUAGAAUGAACUUUCAAUUCUAAAGGCAAAAAUUAAACCCAUCCAUCCAUCUGCUUCCGCUUAUCCGAGGUCGGGUCGCGGGGGCAGCAGCCUAAGCAGGGAAGCCCAGAUCUUCCUCUCCCCAGCCACUUCGUCCAGCUUCGUUUAGCUCUUCCCGGGGGAUCCCCAGGCCAGCAGGGAGAGAGUCUUCCCAACAUUUCCUGGGUCUUCCCCGUGGUCUCCUACCGGUUGGACGUGCUCUAUACACCUCCCUAGUCUUGUUCACGAGUGAGGGAAGAGUGGAUCGUGAGAUCGACAGGCGGAUCGGUGCGGCGUCUUCAGUAAUGCGGACGUUGUACCGAUCCGUUGUGGUGAAGAAGGAGCUGAGCCGGAAGGCAAAGCUCUCAAUUUACCGGUCGAUCUACGUUCCCAUCCUCACCUAUGGUCAUGAGCUUUGGGUCAUGACCGAAAGGAUAAGAUCACGGGUACAAGCGGCCGAAAUGAGUUUCCUCCGCCGUGUGGCGGGGCUCUCCCUUAGAGAUAGGGUGAGAAGCUCUGCCAUCCGGGAGGAACUCAAAGUAAAGCCGCUGCUCCUUCACAUCGAGAGGAGCCAGAUGAGGUGGUUCGGGCAUCUGGUCAGGAUGCCACCCGAACACCUCCCUAGGGAGGUGUUUAGGGCACGUCCAACCGGUAGGAGGCCACGGGGAAGACCCAGGACACGUUGGGAAGACUAUGUCUCCCGGCUGGCCUGGGAACGCCUCGGGAUCCCCCGGGAAGAGCUAGACGAAGUGGCUGGGGAAAGGGAAGUCUGGGUUUCCCUGCUUAGGCUGUUGCCCCCGCGACCCGACCUCAGAUAAGCGGAAGAAGAUGGAUGGAUGGAUGGAUGUAAGGAUGUUUUCCCGAAAUGUGUUUGUCAUUCUUGUUUGGUGUGGGUUCACAGUGUGGCGCAUAUCAGUAAGAGUGUUAAAGUUGUUUAUAUCACAACUCUAUCACCCAGUAUGCCUUGCAAUCUCGUACGUGUAUCUGCAAAAGCCACAUCCAACAUGAUACUGAACUGGCAAGCUGUACAUGUUGUAGAAGGCGUCAAAGGCAAUGGCUUCAUAGCACGCCCUCAUUAUUGUUAUCUGGGUGACCACCAGCAGAUAUUCGCGAGAAUGGGUGCGGCUCCUAUCGUCUUCUUUAUUUUGUGAAAUGGGUCAAAAUGGCUCUUUGAGUGGUGAAGGUUGCCGACCCCUGUUGUAGAAGCAUCCAAAAGAGAUGACAUCACAGUUGUGCGUUUUUUUUUUUUUGAAACUGCACUUGUGUGGAUGGAGAUAGUUUGAUCCCCAAAUAUGUGUUCAUGUUGGUGUGGCCAUGGUCUUACCGCUUAAAGACAAAGUAGAGCUCCUUCUCACAGGUUGUGGUUUUUUCUUUUAAGGGUUCUGCUGGUGUUUUUGUGACAUUAGUUCCAUCUUCCCGUCUGUUGCCAUGGCAGCAAACUAUGUGGUCAUCAAAGUGGCGCCGCUCCACCACCUUUUCUAUGCUUCCACUUGCAGCAGUCGCUGAACAAAGCAAAGUGUGUGCUUCGACACGCAUGAAGAAAAGAUUCAAGCACAUGUGAUGUUUCCGUUCAUGUUGACACAAAACGUGGUGGUAGCUUGUAGGCCGAUACAGGUGUGCCUUAAAGUGGAUUAGAUGUGUGAUUGUAUAGAACACAACACCAUAGAAGUAUUGCGUGUUACCGAUAUUUACUGUCAAAAAUAGCAACAUGUGUGUCGUCGUCCACCCUCAGGUCCAAAUAUGGUCACUCAAGGCUCCAAAAAGUCAAUAUUCACUUUUUGAAAGGUUAGGAUAUGUGAUCCAACCAAUCCUUUUUGGUUGUUUUUUUAGUAUUUUUAAGACGUUUGUUGAAGUUGUUGUACUGCUUAGAAUGAUUUAGUUUCUUUAAGUGAGGAAAGAAGAGGGAUUGUAUGAACACAUGUAUGUGUGCUGACUUUGGCCCGCAGGGUUGAUUUCCGGGUGCUGCUGCCUGCGGUCAGUAGGAAACUUCACUGUUGCUGCACAUCCUGUGUGUGUGUGUGUGUGUGUUUCUUUUUUAAUGUUGUACAGAGCGAGUUGCGGCUGCCUAUAUUGUAGCAUUCGAUCAUUUAGAUUGUUUUAUUUAACUUUGUUUUUUCAUCUGAUUGUGCAACACCGUCAAUGAUACAUCGGACAAGUCCAAGCCACUGUGUGUUGCUGUUUGCGUUGUCUUCCAGCCCCUCACGUUCACGCUGAGCAAUAGCCAUGUAGUAAUUAUGUUGGUAUUUUGUUAACAAUAAAAGGUACAAAAAUG